GGGUUCCUGUGUUACAAUUCAAAAUGGCGGACAAAGUUAGUACRAACAACUCGAGUUGGAGCUACCAGCUUGAAGAAUUUCUAAAAUACGCAGCUACUAACCCCAAAGAUUUCCUAAUAUAUGUAUUUGUGUUUCUCACUCCAUUGAUGGUAAUCUGUGGGAUCUUAUCCCUGAAACUAGCACAUCAUAUAGAACAGAGAGAAAAAGAAAAGAAAAAGAAAGCUACCCGACAAUCAAAUAUGGCAAAGACAAAGAAAAAGUUAAAAGUCAAGUAGGAUCUUGCAAUGGUAUGAAGAUCAAGACCUUGUUAUCUGUUUAAUUUUUUUUUUUUU